CUUCCGGCUUCGGUCUUGCAUUGAGGAGGAGGGCGCUGUGACGUGUACGGUAGAAGACGUCCUCUUCACUAUACAGCGUACUGUUGUGUAUGGGGACGAAUGAUUCAGCUGAUUUUGCGGAUUAAUACGUUUAUUUUUCGCAUCACGCCAGCCAAACGGCUGCAGAAAAAUCAUUCUGUAUGAGGCAGAGGCGUAUGCGCCUUUUUGGAGUUUCAAAAGGUUCCCAUUCACCGUGGAUAUUUACUGUGGGACCAUUGGACUUACGAGGAAGGGGACUCCAUAGUUGGCCUGGACCAUGAGCUAUGAGUCUACCGUCUGGAACAUCCAACCAGAAAAUGCCACUGAUGUACCAUUGGAGACGGAGGGGCAGCAAGAUGGCUACGUGCUUCUCCUGGUGAUCCUGUCCAUUUUUCUAGUGGGGACGUUGAUAUUCGUCUCCAUUGUCCUUAUCACUUGCCGCCGCUGCUGCCGAGGAGACCAAUGCUGCGACAGUGGUAGCGAUGAUGCUGAGAAAACCAACGCUACAUACACAGAGGAGUCUCAGCCCACCCAUGAAAUCACCAUCAGGGUGGAUGAGUCGGACUGCCUUUCAAUGGCCAGCUCCCACGACCAGGAGACAGAGCGGUUCCUCUCCACGGGAACCAUGGGUCGCCGCGUUUCCUUCAAUGAGGCAGCACUGUUCGAUCACGGCAAAAAGGCCCAGGAGAAGGGUCGCAGAUACACUUUAACUGAGGGUGACUUUCACCACCUAAAGAACGCACGGUUAACGCACCUCCACAUUCCGCCCCCGGCGCUCAAGAUAGUCACCAUCCAUGAGUGCGACUCAGCAGAGAACACCAUCUCCAUGACAACGCGCCCUGUCGCCAAGUCGGCACUCUCCAUCUUCCAGCCAAUGCUGUGUCCCCUGCCGCAAACUGCCCUGACGAGCUUGAGCCCCAAUUCCAGCUGUGCUCUCCCUGGAGACACCCUCAACUCAACUGUGGUGGAGGCCAGCUUUAGUGCAAAUACUACUGCUAAGACAAAUGGAGGCUCUAUGGAGAUGAUCGCAGCAGGGCCCCGGGGCCGAGGCUUCAGUGUCAGCAUGGUAGCAGACCCCGUUGCCACUAGCUCAGUCCCUAGUGCAAGUAGUGGUGCAGGAGGCCAAGGUCCAGUGCAGCAGUUCUUCACCAAACUGCGACGCCACGCAAGCCUGGAGGGGGCCAGUCCCUAUUUCAAGAUUAAGAAAUGGAAGCUGGACAGCAGCCAGAGAGCUUCAAGUUUGGACAUGAGAGGUUCACCAAAGAGACGGCAGUUUCAACGUCAGAGGGCCGCCAGUGAGAGUAUGGAUCAGGAGGACAAUGACACACAUCACAUUGACCUCAUUCAGUACAUUGCCCGCACUCAAGACAUUGCCUAUUGUCCUGGACAGCCUGUGCGUUCACCUUCAUCUGCACCACCCCCUUCCCUCGGCAGGGUAGAAGUAGAGGUGAUGGUGGAGCCCUCCUGCAGCCAUACUGAACCAGGGGUGAUUGGCCUGUCCCCUGAUCCCCAAGAAGAAGGGUUUUCCCUGGCGACAAGGGAAAGCUCUGAACCUCUUGCCCUUCAGGAUGCCCAGACACUUUACAGAGACAUUUGGUCAUUACGUGCAUCACUGGAACAAUAUGCUGCCUCUGACCAAAGCAGCAAUAAUGAUAGGAACUCUGUCUGUAGCGACGCUGACAGCGUGUGUACAGAAAAAGAAAGAGAAGAGUUCCCAAGCUGCUCAUCCCAGGAUUUAGGAGAUGACACGGAAGGUACAGAGGAUGAUAAGGAGUUUUUAAUGUACAUAGAUGAGACGUUGAGGGCAAAGGGUGUACGAAAUAGGAGACAACAAAGUACUGAAUCUGAGCGAGGCGGGAGUGACAGUGAACCAUCUACUCGUAAAUUAUUACAAAUGGAUAGCGGCUAUGCAUCAAUAGAAGCCCCGUCUCGAGGUCCUGAAGACUUACGGAUGUUUGGAAGCAGCAGCCCGAAGGAAAGAACAGCCCAUGAGAAGAGGCACCACUUCACCAAGGCAGGGCGAUCUGGCACAAUAGGUGAGAGCUUUGAGUCUCACCUCUAUGAGGAAGAGCCAGAUGAUGAGCAAUUGCUUGGUGCCAGUGGAGGAGUUUCCAUUGAAACUGGUGUCAGUCCACAGAGCUGGUUUCCAUACGGUCAAAUGAUCACCCCUCGGGAGGUUUCACAACAUCCCACUCAACCUCUAACCCUUCAUCGGAGAGACUACAGCAUUGAUGAGAAAACUGAUGCACUCUUCCACGAGUUUCUCCGCCAUGACCCUCAGUUUGACCAGCAGGAGUCACCCCUAAGAAAGCACCGGUCGCGUAUACAUCUUCGAAAGCAGUGGCAACGGCAUAAGCAGUGGAGCGACCCUGGUGUCAGACACUUCCAUUCCUCUUUUGAGAGACAACGAACGCCACUGCGGAGGGGUGACAGCGUUAACUGCCCUAUGGAUACGAGCUACCAUAGCAUUCUCCCCCGCAUUGUCAGCGCACCAGACGAGGAGACCAGCGACGGCAGCACGCCUGAAACUCCAAAGACAGAGACUACAACAAGUAAGAUUGCAGGGAAGGAGCAAGAGCAAAGUUCCACCGAAGACCAGACACCAUCACCACAUCUUCGACCACCCAUCUCUGAGAAAGACGAAGGGCACAUUGAACAUCAGGAGCCCCAAGAGGACAGCAAACGACCCGGACACCUUCUUGAACCCUUGGACGAACGGUCGCCGCUGCAGCCACCCGCUUCCUCAGGCUACGGCCCACAAACCAUCACAGCAGAACUCACGGACAAACUGACCUCUAACAUAGACGAAAGGCUAUACACGAGCCUUCGAAGGACCAAGGACACAGCAACUGAGUGUUUGACGGUGAUGGCUACCCAUGCUUCUCCAGAUCACAGUCCAGUGUAGCUACACUCCACUUCAUGGACAACCACAUAGCUGCUGAUACACAUCAAUUCUGUUUUUCCUCAGUUUAGAUUAUUCACAAUGAAUUUAAAGUUAGAUAAACUAAUAAACCAGGUGGUACAAUUCAGUUUGAGUAGCUAUGGUACUAUUUGACAUAUUAAACCCUUAUUUGGCUUGACAUCUUUUGAAUGUGACAGUGGUACUCAUAAGUACACAGUUGGGUCCUGCAUGCAUAUCCAAACCAAACAAAAAAGUUAUCACCAUGGUAGUUUUUAAUAGCAUAUUUUUCUUUGUCUUGUCUUUUAACCACUCACUUGACAGAGUUAGCUUGCUCCACCCAACUGCAAUCAAAUGUUGCUGUGUUUCCUGAAACAACUGUUUUCCAUAGCCCCUUUACAACUUUAAAGGGUUAAAAAAAAACACACACAACAUAAAGGUAUCUGUGUUCCAAAAUUAACCAAUUUUUACCAAUUUUGUUUAAUUCAAGGUUUUAUUUUUGUAAUUUUCCAGGACAUCAGUGAAAUCAUUUGUAAAGCUGAAGGAAAUGAUGCAGUGGAGUAUACAUUCUUGGUUUUCUUUUCCUGUUAAGGUGCAGACUGGUUUAGCUGGUCCUCAUAGGCUAGGUUCAUACGGCAGGUCUUAAUGCAAGAAUCAGAUUUUUUCGUGUUUUUCCGACUCGAGUGAGGCAUUAACUUGAUGGUCUGAAUGGGAAAAGUCGCUUUAAAGUGGACCAUUUCAAAUCCAAAUCUAGGUCACUUUCAUAUGUGGUUAAAAUCCGAUCUGGGCCACAUUUUUCCAGAAUGUGUCUGCGGUCUGAACUGUCAAGUCCCCCAAAUCGGAUUCCAUGCAGCAAUUACACCAGCAAAGAGCGAGAGCUCCGGCGCUACAGUAGCGAUGGAGCUAUACAUUAGCGUUAGCGCUGAAGGGAAUAGGUACCGUUCUCACACACACCAUAUAAUUGUUUGCAUUAGUCUAACACAUUCAUCUAACUAUAGUUUAGGCAGACUUCACUCCGUGCCCAUGAACACAAUAAAGGGAAUCACCUUAUCGGCGCUCAUGAGGGGGAAAAGGAAAAAUGGUACCGUUUCUCGUAGGCACCGUCUAACUGUUUGCAUUACUCGAACACACGUAAUAUAAUUAAUCAGGGAAUAGUAUCAUUUCUCAUAUUUACUGUAGGACUGCACUACUCUAACACACCUAAUGUAAAAUAAAUAACACACCAUAGUUUAAAGAAACAGAAUAGAUACACAACGCCAUCUUAUCACAGAAGCCCAACGUGUGCGAGCAAGAUUGACGCACCAACUCUGGCAAUCAGUUCUCCCGACAACAAACAAGGACAAAGACCAGCGCGCUUUGUCCUAAAACAAGUAGCACCAGCCCGGAUAACAAAGUUGAUAGCGGACGCUUGGGACGUCAAGACCAGCGUCGGUCACUGUGGCAACUACGUCCCAUCCACGCACGAACCUAAACCGGCCACAGAGGGAAGGUCCCAAAAGCAACGCCCGGACACACCUUCGGCCCGGCCUCCUGCACCACGGACUUAAAAAACACUGGACACUGAGAUAACACAGAUUUUGCUGCUCGGAAACAUUUUCUAUGUAGCCUUGUUUUGUAUCCAGCUAGCUUGCUUGAACGCGGUUUUUAGGGAAGAGGCGGGGUUGACAACAUUCAUGAAAAAAUAAAAUGGGGGGGUAAGCUUGAGAAUGCUCAGUUUUCUCUCGCCAAAUGAGAAAUAUUUCAAUAUUGUUUACAUGGCCGAGAGGCAGGGCAAACUGUCCGUCAUGCACGCACAGUAUCAAUCCAUAUAAACUUUGAAUAUAAGACUAAACGAGGAUUAUUUAUGUCUGUUAUUUGUGUAAUCUUUUUGGAAAUCAAAAUAUGAUCACCCUUAAAUGUCGUUGAGCCAGCAUGUGUAGCGCAUGCUGAUCAGUUUGCUCAGCACAUCUCGGACUGCGAAUUAGUGCGCAUGCGUGAUACUUGAACGGCCUCAAUGGACAAAGGCAGUCUGAACGGGCACACCAAAAAAACAGAUAUGACGAAAAAAGCGGAAUUUCGCAUUAAGACCUGAGGUAUGAACCUAGCCUUUGUGGCAAGUGAAGCAGUACUGGUGUAGGUGUAAAUUAUAACACAUUUCUGUAUCGAAGAUUAAGUUAUUUUGUCACCAUUUAUAUUUUUUGUUGAUCUCACAGUGGAAGUUGUUUUCAGCCUGCUGUUUAAAAAAUGUGUUGAAUUUCUGAAACCCAAAUAUAGAAUGUUUUUGCUCAAACCCGACAGGGUUUCAGCUUUAGAUAGUUGUUUAGAUCUGUGGUUUCUUCAGAUGUGAUUCUCACAUUCUUUACCUGGUUUUUGGAUUUUACUGUAUGUAAACAGACACAAGUCACAAUUGCAUUAGACAACAGUGAUAGUUACCAUGUGUCAUUAGCUCACCAGCUGUCAAUAUUUAUUCUAUUAGAACUCACAGGAAAAUACUGAAUGAUUUACAAAACACAACGUUGUUUUAGAUAGAACAACAGUAUAGUUAUUUAUACAUUUUCUUCCAGAAUCGGCAUAAAUGUUAUCAGUCAUGAGUUUCUAAAUAUAUUUUUGUAUGUGUUUCAGUGUGAAAAUGCGAAAUAUGGCUAUUAGUUUCUAAUCUAUAAACGACUAUGGAGUUUUAGGUCCAUCCCAGACCUGGUUUUGUUGAUGUUUGCCAUUUUGUGAUAGCAGUGAGAUAAGAGACUCGCUCUCACGGAUGUUUGCGGUUUUUGCUGGAUUCUUAUGAAAGGCAUGAAUUCUUGUGCAUGAGGCUCAACAGAAAAGGCUUUAUCCGCUUUGCAUCCAACAUUCUUGUUUUUCCCAUUCAUGUAUCCUCAUCUGCUCCUGAGAAAGAUGACAGCAAAGUAGAUGGCUGCCACUUUACAAUCCACACACUAUCCAAUCAUGUUUGCAUUCCUACAUCUCUUUGCUUGAUUAUAAGCUUGUUUUGAUGAUUGGAAAAAAAAUCCCCAGGGCUUCCUGCUUCAUGUGCAGCAAGGGGAGACUGCACGGUGUGGUGUUGAAUAUAAAUCAUAACAGCAGAGGGGAAACCCUUGUUUUGUGUCUCCUCUAUUCCUUUUCGAUCCUGUUGCAUCGCAGUGAAUCUACAGUUCAGGUUUGAAGGGUGAAGUCAAUUUUCAGCACCUUGGUACUAAAAAUUAAAUCACCAUUUUGGUUUUAAUGGUGAUGAUAAAUUUGUUCAUUCAGAUGAAUCAGUUUGAGGUCUAUAGACCCCAAUCACCAACGUCACACAAUCACGUGAUCACUGUAUUGUGCCGCCAUAUUAUCCGUCAUUGUGUGUCGUAUUGUCAAUGAUCGUAGUUUGUAAAGGUGGAUUCACUUGCAAAUUAUGGAAGCUUUCAGACGCUGCAAACUCAUUGGAUGAGUUCCAUAAAAGCCGUUAUCUGGAAAAGCUUCAGUCGAUCCAGUCGCCAGAUCCAUAUUUGAUGCCCAAACCGAUGUUUCCUCCCGCCCGGUCCCGUCCCGUGCGUCAGAGCUCGUCCUGAGACCAUAAAAUUUCCAAUCAUACUCCAGUUUAUGUCACGAUGAGGAGUCGGGUACCCAAAAUCAGCACCGGCCCGAAUAUAAACCGACAUUUGGUCAGCUGAGCGUUACCGUUGUCACGAUUGUAAAAUGAAAUUUCAUCGACAACGGGCCGGUGUGUGCCGAAAAAUAGCUGCCCCACGUGAAAUGCUCCCCCUGCCGGGAGUGCUUAUUUAUAACGCUUUAUUGAUGUGAAAACAUCAAAUGUUUUCAUGGACGCAUUACAGUAAUGGAUUUACGACUGUAAGAUCAGUUUUAAAUAAUUAAAUUACACCAAAUAUUAGUAAUGUAUUUUAGUAACAAAUCGUGGACUGGGCCACAUAACCAUCUUUGAACAGAAAUGUAUUAGUCUACAGAUUUUCAUGACCAGAUCACAAUGACAAUCACACAGGUAUGACAUUUAUUAGUACAAAAAGAGUAAAAUAAUACAUAUUCACGGUACAAGAAAGUCGUUUCCAUGUGGGCGCUCCCGUCAGGGGGGACAUUUCACGCAGGGCGGCUAUUUUUCGUCACAACACCUGUUGUUGCGCUCACCUUCUUACUGCGCGAAUGUGGUGACGAGCUUCGUAGUCUCCGUCUGAUGAUGUCUGCGAUCGUGUUGGCAUCAUAUUGAUGUUUUCGCCGCUGUCUAAUGGCUGUCGACACAAACACAUCAUGGACCGAGAUAAACAAACCGUGCUGCUUUCGAGAUUUGCUCUUUUAACAAUGGGCACACAGCAACUACUAAAAUGACCGUUUAUCUUCUUUGUUACUGCAACCAACCGCCACACAUCCCUUCACCAUUUUGAUUAAUCAAUGUUAACGAUUGUCAGGAAGGUUUUUGGGUUCGUUUACUAGGCGGUGAUUCCUUAGACAAGCAGAAAAACAGGCAGUAAUGGGAGGAAUGUACGUAGCGGUAAUAUGUAAACUCGAUUAGCUGACGGUCAAUAUGGCGGCACUAGUCAAGGGGGCGGAGUUGUGACGUCACGUGAUUGGGGUCUAUUGACCCUACAGAGUCAGGUGAAGAAAAUAAG